UGACGUAAGGUUCAUUUAUAACGUAUUCAAAUAUGGCGUUGUGGUAGUGUAACUUUGUAAACAUCAUAGUUUAAUGCGUUUAUUUCAUUUUAUCUUUGUUCUUACUAACGUGAUUAUUUUAACCGGCAGUAAGUACGCAAAAAGAUAGUCUUAAAAAUAAAAAAUAAAACGUCUAUCACACAAGACAAACCGACAGACAGCUAGCAUGUUAGCUAACAAGCAGCGUUAGCUCAUGGAUUCGCUUAGCAUCGUUAUAGAUGAGGUUUCUUUGGAGGGUCUGGACGGGAUAACCAUCCCCACUCUUUGGAUACGGCUCGAGAAUAGACAGCCAUCGUUUCCCCUGAAGCUCGACGAUAGUACCAAGGCGGGAUUAAUCUGGAAAUAUCUUGUCAACAACACCGACCUGAGAUUCUACGAACUUCCGCAGGAGAGAGAAGAUGUUGAGCUGUUUGACAGGUUUAAGGCCACCGACCCAGAGACGGGGGUUGAAACAGGAGAGAAGAUUUCAGUUGAAUGCAGAGACAUCUAUCCAAUUCAUAGCGUUCCUGACAACAAGGAUGGGAUACAAGGCUCCUGUGCCGCCUUCAAAGAGAGGAAGAAUGUCACAAAGCAAAUCCGCUCCAAGUCCUUCACCCCGCUUAUUAGCUUGGACGAGGCUCUGAAAAUAUAUGGACGAAAACUUGUUAUCGUGGCUUCUCAGGCUCUGCGGUUUCAUACUCUGAUUGGACCCGGUGGCGAUCCCGACCUAAAACUCAGCAGUGAUUCUUACUGCGUAUUGGAAAGAGUGGGUCGAGCACGCUGGCAAGGAGAGCUGCAAAAAAAUCUGCAUGGAAACCUUUUCAAUGCAGAUGCUCGAAAAGUGCACUACUUUAGGAAGUCCUUGAUAAAGCACGAUCUGAUCACCACACAGUCUUACGCCGAACGACUUAAGACAGGAAAUACGCAGUAUUCCAUUCUCCUCCUGCUCAAACGCUUCCAUGUUAACAGGCGGACCAAAUACGACUUUCUGAUGGAAUGCGUAUCCAACUUCCUCCAGCAGACACCUGAACAGUUUGCCACAAUGGACAUGCUCAGAGUGUAUCUGAAUUUGCCUGACGACGGUACUUUUAAGCGUUUAUUUAACUACAUGCGAUUUGGCAAGCUGAUUGAGUUUUGCCAUUACCCUUUAGAGGACUUGGACCCCAGCGCCAAACCUUGCACCAAUAAAAAUGGCAGUAAAGUGUUGGUGCGCUGCGUGAAACUAUUAAAGCCGUAUGCAAAGAAGAACGGUGCAAACGCUGAAGAGGAGGAAGACGAGGAGGAAGACGACGACGACUACAUUGGAGUGAGAAGAAGACAUGGCCCUUUCAUGGGGCGGAUCAUGGAGAGGGACUUGCUAUCUCAGGCUUAUGACAUCAUAUUGUCUUCUGGUACAAAAGGAUGCUCACAGAGAGAUAUUUCUUUAAAAAUGAACAUUGGUCAACUAGAAUCACGUAUGGUGUGGCGAAAGCUCCUGAAGGAUGGUCUGAUUAAGGGAUUUAUGGAGGACGUUGGCCGGCAGAGGAUUACAAAAUUUAUCAGCAAGAAGUGUGUGGGUGUCAGCGAUCCUUUCCAACUGUUCGCUAAGGAGCGGGAACGAACGAAGCUCCUGUGCUCCUCUGCUGCCACCGAAACACCAGCAACCUCAAAUUUUCUGUCAAACACAACCUGCAAAACUGCAGCAAAGAGGAAAAAGAAGGCAGGUAGAAGUGGGAAUAAAGACGCAGAAGAACAGCAGACGUGUGUUGGCAGUACAGAGGAUGUUGGGGAUGAAAAGUCUGGUGCAAAUGGUGGUAAAGCAAGAGGAAAGUCAGGACAAAGAAAAACUUCAGAGGAAAAAGACCAUGUGGCACCAGAACAGACACAGCCUGACACUCCCAGUGUCCAGUCUACACAAGCUGAAUGUGAAACCCCAGCCUGCACUGGACCUACGACCAGUACAACACCGGACUCUGGUUCUGUUCCUGCACCAGACCAAACUGCAGUUGAGGAAGAAAAUCAGUCCAACAAAACUCCUGACAGCUCUGUGCCCCAGAGUGAUGCAGUGAAUGAUGCUGAAAGCAACAAGAUUGUCGUUGCUGAUCAUGUUUUCCUGUCACAGAGAUCUCAUGAGACGUACCGCUUGCUCAAGAGAAGGAACUUGAUUAUUGAGGCUGUCACUAACUUCAAAGUCAUAGAGGGCCUUUUCCCGUUGCAAAAAUUGAUCAAUGCUGAAGAGAAGCAGGACGGUGUCAGUACGAGGUGCUGCAAGAAGACUAUUUUACGCCUCGUCCACUCUCUGUUUAGAGAAGGCGUGGUUAAGCUUUACACAACCACAGUUAUACAGGACGGGAUCACCAAAAAGGUUGACGUGAUCGCUCAUCCAUCCAUUGAGCCCAACGAUGAGAGGAUUAGCCAACUUAUCGAGCAGAUUCGGUUCAAAAUCUCCAGCUCGGCUUCAGCUGUACGUUUGCAGCAGAGUGAAAAUAAAGCCGGAGAAAAACAAAAAGCAUCUGAAAAUCUGACGGCUUCUAAAACACAGAGGAACAAAUCUUUCAGAAAGUUGGGAGGUGAUGCAGCUAAGGACUUCAAGCCUAUAGCAGUUCGUGGACAGGGGAAGUCUAUGGGCUUCCAACCCAAGAUGCAGCGUCUACACGCCAUCCAUACUUUUCUCUGGUACCUUGUUUACGAACACCCACUGAGAAAAGACUCCACUGAGACAAACUGGGGAAAUGAAACCCCAGCAGAACCAGAAAGCUCCAGUUCUGAUGGUAAACUCCAAAAUAGCGACGUACAGCAGGAUCUGGAGGAAACUGGAAGCCCUGGUGUGUCUAACCUGGAGGAGGUGUCAGAUGAUGAAGAGUGUAUGAACGAUACAGCACAGCCUGAAGACUCCAACUCGAAUAUAAAAGUGUAUGUUGAUGAGGACUCAUGGAAGAGAUUUGUCCCUCCUGUUCGGGUCCGCAAGGAUUUUAGUUAUGGCUGGGCGAUGGUCGGCGACCUUCUCCUCUGUUUGCCUCUAUCUAUUUUUGUGCAGUGCGUACAAAUUAAUUACAUGGUGGACAGACUGGAGGAGUUCAUCAGUGACCCUGUGAAGCAGCACUACCUUGUUAGAAUGCUGCCUGCACAAACCAAAAGGCAGCUUCUUUAUAAACGGAAAUACAUUCACUCGUUUCAUGAGAACCUUCAGAGGCUGGUCUACAUGGGUUUGCUACAGUUUGGCCCUAUAGAGAAGUUUAAGGAUAAAGAUCAGGUGUGUGUGUAUCUGAAACGUAAUGCCACUAUUGUUGACACCUCUAGCUGUGAGCCUCACUACUGUCUGGUCACAGAACCGCCUGACAAACCUUUUGAGACCCGUCCAUACACGUUCAAGACCUUAGAGGAUGUGGAGCGCUACUGGUUUGACCUGAUGUGUGUCUGCCUCAAUACACCACUGGGGGUGGUUCGUAGUAAAAGAACUGCCACAGAAGAUGAACCUCCUCCUUCCAUUGUACAUGAUCGCUAUGUGUUUGCACACCUGUCACACCUGCUAAAUGGCAGCUUUGAAGUGUGUGACGACGGGUCCACACCAGGAGACGGAAAAGGAGCGGCAGGUCUGGACUCUGAAUUCUUCGCUCAUCUUAAACGCAACUGGCUGUGGACCAAUCAUCUACUUGUUUGUAAAAAGAAGCCGAGUGAUGAGGAGGCGACUCAGACCAAAAUGAGACUAAAGAGCCUGCUGAGCAGGAAUGUUCUCAGGCUGACACUUCAAGCUGGAAGCAGCACUUUACCUCGGUACCUGACCAACAAGCAGCCUCUGAUGACAGAAAAUGUGGAGGUGGACAUAGAGCCGGCUUCCAGGAUCCAGCAGAUCGUCGGAGGAAAGGGACAAAAGAGGAAGAGAAGUAAAAAGGAAGUCGUAAAGGCCCCACGCAGGAAGAGAAAAGAGCCCAAAGUACGCUCUGGUGCCCAUGACGAGGCCGACCACAAGGCUCUAAAAAUGAUGACCAAGCGGAGAGUUCACUGGUCUGUUCAGGAAGACUCGGUCAUAAUGCUCUGCUCUGUGGCCUCGCAUGCGCUCAACAGCAAGUUAAAGAGAGCGUUUGUACCGUACUGCAUCGUAAGAGACCUGCUCCAUUCAGAGUUUGAGAUAUCUGUGGAUAAAACAUCCCUGGCUGUCGGACGUCGCUCAAGAUACAUACUCAAAAAUCCUCAAACGCAUCUGAACUACAGGAUCAGUCUGGCUGAAAUGUACCAGGAUAAAACGUUGAUGAGUCAGUUGGAGGACAACAAACCUGCGGACCCUGAUAACGCCGAGGAUUGUGCCAAAGCGUUCACAGAGUUUGUCCGUAUUCUCAGACAGAAGUUCACCUCGAUCAUGAACACUCAGGAUUUCAUCAUACCUGACUCCAAACAGGAGCUCUUCUCACGGUUUAAAAUUUCUGCUAUUGAUGAUGGAAAGCCGUUUAAGUGCAAAGACGUUUUAAACAGCAAAGUUGAAAUUUAUGCCAUAGUAUUGCAUAAUUUGAUCCAGAGUACUCUGGCCAUGACCAACAGUCAGAUGAAGACUUCCAGGUCCUUUCAGACCUUUCACACGUACAGUCAGUACGACCAGGAGCUGCUGUGCCAAGUGUUCAUCCAAUCCAGGAAAAGGCGUCUGCUCAACCGUCGUCGUGUCGGUCAGACGUUGGGGCCAAAGAAGAAUCGAGGCCUGCCCAUCCUGCCCAUGUCCUUCCAGCUGUCCCAAACCUACUACAGGCAUUUUUCGUGGCGCUUUCCUCAUUCGCUGUGCACCGAUUCCUUCUGCUUCCUCCGGAGUUUGAUCACCAACGGCUGCGGGGACGAAAAGCCCGUCACUACUUUCUAUUAUGAGACUGAAAACCGCUCUCAGAAUGGCGAGGAGGUGUUGGAAAGAAAAACCGAGCCGUCACUAAAAGAAAAGCGGAGCCGGGCAAAAGAAGAUGGCAGCCGAGCAGGCACACCACAAACCGGAACUCCAGAAGCGAAAAUCGCGAAGGACCAAGAUGGCGUUCAAAAUCCAACGCAGGCAGAAGAAAUGUCAGAUACCAACAAUGAGAAAACCGUAACAAAAAGCACAACAGAUGAACAGGAAAAGCUACAAUGUUCUCUAAAAUCUGAACCUGGUGAUGCUCCAUCGAGCAGAGCGCUGACGGAUGAUCAGCAGCAGUCAUCAGACAGUUUGGCUGCUUCGUUACAAACGACUGAAGCUUCAGAGGAUCCUCCAGAUGUGUCAGACAUGCUGCGCUUCUCCCUGAACUCUCUAGGUGGAGCCUGUCUCGUCUCGCUCAGCCUCAUGUCUUUGGGACUGCUGAGCGUCUUCGUGUCCAUCCCCAAACAGAUCGUGAUGGUGGACAGCAACCUGGUGGACAAAGAUGUGGUGAAGAGUAUGGCUUCAUUGGAAGGCGAUGACGACGAUGAUGAGGAUGGCGGUGAGGAGUGUGAGGGGAAGAAAAGGCUUCAAGUAUCUUCACAUCAAGCGUCGCACACCAAUUACUUACUGAUGCGAGGAUACUGCUCUCCUGGCAUUGUCAAAGUGGGUACCCUGAGCACGAACGAUAACAUCGUGGUGGAGUCGUGUAUUUUAAGGCUGAAGCUGCGCGACACACCUGCUCAUCAUUGUUUCAUCGAUCAGCUCUCUCCAUCAUUAAACUUGACCAAAUGCGGCCCGUCCUUGCUGCCCUCCAUCUUUACCUCCUUCGUCCGUUCACCAAACUCGACUCCACCCAGCGUGGAGGAGUGUGAAAGGCUUUUCGUCCAGGAGCGAGGAUACACCGCUCAGGAUAUUGAAGCGUGCGCUCAGCUCAGGAGGAGCUUGGACGAAGCUGGUGAGAACGGUUUGGACGCCGAUGACGUCCGCAGGGCUCACGUGCACCUGCAGGUGCCGCAGUCUGGACGAACUCGAAGCCUGCAGCAGUACCUGAAGGAUUUACAAGAAGGCCUCCAGGUGGUCCGAGUGGGCAGUGUGGGCGUCCGCUGGGUCCUCAUGCAGCACGCUGACCCGUGGCUGCUGACUGUCAACUGCAAACAGCUGCCUCAGUGUCACUUAACGUCUGAGAGACGUCCCUUCCUGAAGAGUCGACACAACAUCCCCUUCAUGCGCAAGAGAUGCAGCAGAGAGCUGCGUCGGGAGACCGAGGAGCCGCCCGCAAAAACACCAGCUGUGGACACGGAAAAGGUUUCUGACAGCGUGAAUACGGAUGAACCGUCUACCGUAACAGAGAUACCUGAUGAGGAAGAACAGCAGCAGGAGACGGCAGAUGGUGGAGACAAACCACAAAGUUUGGAAAAAGAGGAAGAAGUGCACACGUGUUCUGAAGAGAAGAUGGAAACUGAGCAAAGACGGGAAACCAGGAGGAGGACCAGGAGCAGUUUAGACGACAAAAGAGCCGAAGAGGCAGACUCUUUACCAUCGGGAUCAGCUGAUGAGGAGGAAAAUGUGAGUUUCAUCAGCCGGCCGUGGCGUUUCAUUGAUGGAAAGCUGAACCGGCCCGUGUGUAAGGGCAUCCUGGAGGCCGUUCUUUUCCACAUCAUGUCCCAACCAGGACUCACACAGCAGGCGCUGCUGGAGCAUUACAAACACGUUCUGCAGCCAGUGGCCGUGCUGGACCUCGUGCAGGCACUUGUAGAGAUGGGCUGUGUGACGAAGAAAACUCUGGAUAAAGCUCGUAAACCCUCGCUGUUCGCCCGCUCUGCCCGGCAGACGAAGAGCGAGGCCACGUUGGAGGAACCCGACACCAUAUUCUAUGAGCCCACCUUGAGCUGCUGCCUGCGGCUCUGUCAGGUGUUGCCCAACGAACGACACUGGAACGACUUGGCACCAUGA